AGAGGGAGAGAGGUGGGGGAAGCUUUUUGCAGAGCUCAACACUAUUGGAUGCCUGUUUUCCCUCCUGUUCGUAGAGCCGCACCCUCAACCUCCUACAUCUACAUCCACACUCUAUAGAUAUAGAUCUGUUUUAAUUGAAUUUCAGGCAGCAGCUGCUGAAUAACGGUUCGGACAGGUUUGGAGCCAGAGAUGGGAGAGGAUCCACGGCUAUGACACGGACACACCGGGUGGGAAGGAUGACUCUCAGCAGCCGGGAGAUGUUGCGCUUGAUGGGAAGCGCCUGUCUGUGGCUGCCGCUGUUUGCGGAGAUGGUGGCUCAGGACAGCUAUCUGAAUGAGGUGCAGAACUCAGUCCCUCUGUCCUGCUCUGAGGGAUUUACCGAGUUGGGAUACUACAACGGCACCGUGUCCCAGACAGACUCGGGCGCCCCGUGUCUGAAGUGGACAGAGUUUCCAGACUAUGUCAUGCAGUACCCGGGCCGCGGGCUGGGAGACCACAGCUACUGCAGGAACCCGGACCGUGAGUCCAAUCCCUGGUGCUUCUUUCGGCAAAACUCAGGAGCUAUCGGCUGGGCUUACUGCGACUGUCACCAAGGGGCGGUUCGUCUGGUUGGCAGCUCAUCCUCUGACAGUGGGCGUGUUGAAGUUUACCUGAAUGGCCAAUGGGGGGCAGUCUGCAACUCCCACUGGACAGACAGAGAUGCAAGUGUGAUCUGCUGGCAGCUGGGCCUCAGUGACAUCGGCACUGCGCUGCAGCUCUCCCAGUUCGGCUCAGGCUCAGGCCUCUUCCAUUAUGAGCGUCUGGGUUGCCGUGGAGAUGAGGACGCCCUGACCAAGUGUCGAAGCAGGACGUUCGUCACCGGUGACUGCAGCCAUGGAAAUGAAGCAGCUAUAGUGUGUGCACCACCUGAAGGUAGCGGCCCUCCUCUCCGUUUGGUGGGAGGUGAGGAAGACUUUGAAGGUCGUGUGGAGGUGUUUCAUGCAGGCCGGUGGGGCUCCAUCUGUGACGACCAAUGGGACGACAGAGACGCUGAGGUGGUGUGCAGACAGCUCGGUUUCAGUGGCGUGGCGAAGGCCUGGUCAUGGGCUCACUUUGGGCAGGGCUCAGGUCCCAUCCUGCUCGAUGCGGUGAAAUGCUCAGGAAACGAGCUGUUCCUGGAUCAGUGCCCUCACGGUGACUGGGAGCAGCACAACUGUGACCACAUGGAGGAUGCUGGAGUCUCCUGCAGCCCUUACACAGAUGGCGUGGUGCGUCUGGUUGGAGGAGACACCCCCUGGGAGGGACGCGUGGAAGUGUUUCACAACGGUGACUGGGGGACGGUGUGUGACGACAACUGGAGACAGCAGCAUGCAGAGGUGGUCUGCAGACAGCUGGGAUACAGGGGUCACGCUGAGGUGGUAGCAGAUGGGAUGUUUGGGGAGGGUGCUGGUCUCAUCCUGCUGGACGAUGUCCACUGCGAGGGAUCCGAGACGUCCCUGCUGGACUGUCAGCAUGGGAUCUGGGGUCGGACCGACUGCUCCCACAGUGAGGACGUGGGCAUUCGCUGCAGAGGGAGAUCCAGCCAGGAGACCAACGAGGUUCCUGUUAUCGCACCUUCAACAGGACCCCUGGUGCGUCUCGUGGGUGGCAGCAGCAGGAAGGAAGGUCGCGUCGAGGUGUAUCUCCAUGGAGACUGGGGAAGUAUCUGUGACUCAGGAUGGAAUGACCUCAAUGCCGCAGUGGUCUGCAGACAACUUGGACACAGUGGUGGAGCGGUAGCAGCCAGAGGGUUCAGUCAGGGGAAAGGGCCCAUCCACCUGGAUCAGGUGAGGUGCACAGGGAAGGAGGAGUUCCUAGGAGAGUGCCCUUCACUUGGCCUGAACAUCCAGGGCUGCAGGCACAGGCAGGACGCAGGUGUGAGGUGUGACGUAACGCCGCGGGAGACGACUGUAAAGACUCAGGAGGAGAGCUGUGGGUUGAGGAAGCUGGUGGAGGAUGACUGGAAGCAAGAAAAUCAAGGACAGGGGAACACAAUCAGGACGACUUGGCCCUGGCAGGUGUCUGUGUGGCUUCAGUCUCAAGAAGCCGUUGGCGGCCCUGUCUGCAGCGGGACUCUGAUCAGCCCCUGCUGGGCGCUGACGUCUGCCUCCUGUCUCACCAGGUUUGGCAGUGACCCGUCCACAUAUGCGGUACGCGUCGGGGCGUCGGAGCAGACUCUCAAACUGGAACAGGUGGUGGUUCACAGGAAGUUCAAGGGUCAGAGCGGAGGCCAUGACAUAGCCAUGCUCAAGCUGCCCAGCGCCAAGGGCCACUGUGUGACGUUCGAGGUAGACACAAAUGCAGCCUGUCUACCUGCUGCUGACUCUGCAACAGGGGUGAAGACUGCAUCAUCAUCAUGUGUUGUCAUUGUUACCACAAGCUGGACUGGACCAGACUCUGUCCUUGCUUCCUGGGUCCCUCUGAUGUCGUCUUGGCAGUGUAAGAAGCGCUUCGGCAACAGCUUCUCCAGUCAUGGCACUCUGUGUGCCGGCAGCCCCCCAGACACCAGCCUCAUUCACGGGGAUGGUUGCCAGGGCAACUCGGGAGGCGGGCUGCUGUGCCAGGAGGAGUCGGGCCGAUGGGUCGUCGCUGGGAUUGUCGCCGGAGGCUAUAGCUGCUCUGACCCGUCCUCCCCUGCGCUGUAUACCCGGGUGAGCCGCUUCAGAAGCUGGAUCAAUGAAGUCAUCGACACACACGGUCAUCCAGAGGAGGCGCGUGCACCUGCAGCGAAACAAAACGAUCCCACGCAUUCUGAUGAUGACAUGUCACACACACAUGACGAACACUCUGAGACACACUGGGAGCUCCCACACAAACACACACAUGCUCACACACACAAUCAUCAGCAGGCCAGCUUCAAGAGCACACACAUGUUUUACACAGAGGAUGCAGACAAAAACACACAGAUUGAGGUCUGAUUAAAGCCAUGCCAUUGGCUACCACCUGUGCCAUGUGACCACCUUCGUUAUUGAACCGUUUUGGAUCUGAGAUAUGAAGACGCAGAAAUUGAUAUGAUGUAUGGGAUAAUCCUGAUUAAAAAGCAUGAUAAUCAUCAGGGCCAAAUCAGAGCAGCAUGUAAUCAAAGGACAAAUACUAUCUGAGCGACAUACUGAACUUGGUCACAUAUUAAUCUAUGCUAAUCUAACUUCACACUAACUUUAGUUUUCCUCUGUGUGGGUCAUUAGGAAAGUGAAAUUCCCACAAACAGAUCCUCUAAUAUUAAGGCAAUCUGUGUGAAAACCUCUCAGAUGAGUGGCUUAGAUAAACUCCUGCAGCAGGCCGGGCUCCUCCUGGAUUAGCUUUUAUAUAAAACUUCAUAUCAGUUCACUUUUCAAACAGGGCUCAUUUCUUCAGGGUGUUGUCUUACAAAGUUAAAAGUCAAAGUGCUGUAGGUAAUUUAGCUCUUAACUCAGGACCAUACCACUGCUUUAGUAUGUGUUGCUCAAAUUAAUAGCUGCUGUCCUGCAUCAUGUUCUCACUUAGUAUCUGUUUUUAGUGUUUCAGUAAGGGAAGCUUGUGUUGUAAUAUAAAAGCUACUAUUAGUUAGUUUAUCCACCACAGGGGAAAACUUUUUCCCAACCUGUGAGGCAGUAGGUUACAUCCAGAGGAAGCUGGAGUCUGCUGAUUCAUCAAGUUAUUUUGUAGGUCUGCAUAAGAAUAAGAA